GCGCGGACGGACAUUUUCAUCCGCCAUUUUCUUUGCGACGCCAUUUCGUGAUUUAACAUCACUUCCUUGUUUAUCAAAGCCGUCAGAAGACAAGAAAAUUGUGAUUUGUCUGUAUCAGCAAAUGCGAUUAGAAGACAUAUGAAAACAUCGUAGAUUAUAUCAACUAAUCAACUACUGACUUUAUUGAAAUAAUCAAAGAGAAUUAAAUAAUGAUAGACGAUAACUGAACAAAGAAAUAUAUUUCAUAUUUCCAACUAUCCCGAUAAGAAAAAAAAACAAAAUGGGAAGCACAAGAAUUGGAAAAAGUUUGUAGGAGCUAAGGACUCUAAUUAAAUUUCAAAUAUCAAUGCUAAAUUACAGACUGGUGUCGACGCAUUUUCUGAAGCAACCGUAAAUUGUAUACAGGACGAUUUUUAUAAGACUAUAAGUGACGUCACUAAACUAUGUGCCGUGAUCGAGAUAUGCCAGUGCAGAGUGAUAUAAUCAAAUAAAUUUGUUAUUAAAAAACUAAAUAGCUGUGAAAUUCCAGUGUAGAUUUAAGUGUUCCGUCAAAACGGCGCGCGUUUAUGAUCCACCUUUACGUUUUGUUUCUUUCAUUUUGUUUUACAUCAAGGGAUAAGCAAUAGUUAAUUUAAUCUGAUAGCGGUGGUGGAUUGUGGAAGGGGUUUUGCUCAAAAGCGGGCCCCAUUCGCUCGACCCUGGCCAGCCGCAGAUACAAUUUUUCUAGAAUCUUGGACACCAUUGUAGAGGCUGCAAGAUACUGUAUUGUAAGUGUCUUGUUAAUCAAAUUAUAUUGAAUUUAAGAUAAUGUAAGGUCAGCAGACAAUUUCUAGUGUAUUGUAGAGGGACUGCAUGAGCCAUUGAUGCUUUUUCAGAAACGCAUAACGACCGAAAACUUUUGGAAAUUGAGGGAUUUAGUUACAAGUGUUAACUUUGCGUGAAGCAAUCAUGAUACUCUUGGAAUUAACUCAGGGCUACGGGCACAGCACAGAGUGCUCGAGCGAGCGGCGGGUAGUAAUAUCAGAGGCCGGGUGGCGUGCGCAGUGCGAGCGGGAGCGGGAGCGGGACAAGACGGAAGAUAUGGCAGCGCCCGAGUGCGAGCGAGAGGCGCGCAAACGACGCGAGCGCCGCGACUCUGGCUGCGCGCACGAGCGCAAGGAGCGGCGGCCGCACAGCGAGGAGCGCCCCCAACCCCCGCCGCCGCUGGCCCCGCUGCCCCCGCCGCCGCCGCUACACGACCACAACCGAAUUGAGUCGGAGCGUCGCGCAGAGCGUCUGUCCCGCGCACGUCGUCCACAGCUGGGUGGCAAGCGGCGCCGCCCUCCCUCGCGCAUACCACGACAACCCAAGGAGAACGAAAUCUUCCACGAUGAUGUCCGCUGCGAUACACCACCACAUUAUGAGUAUCUCGUUCAGAAACCAGAAUUGGGUCCAGAAUUGGAGCAGCUGGAGACCAUCGGCCGGCACGAGGAGGUGGAGCACGCGCGGCGCAACGAGCGCAGCGUGGCGCCGCGCCGCGUUCAACCCACUGCUGACCGUCGACUCGACAAGAUCAAUAAGAAGAUAAGCAUCUUAAAGAAGAACAUUGCAAAGUAUGAAAACGAGUACGAAGUGCAGAACGGUCGCGCCAUCACACCAAGCGACCGCAUCACAGACGUGCAACUUACGCGAAUGCACGAAACUCUACGCAAGCUGCAAGUGGAAAAGCGGUGCAUAAAAACUGAUCCAGUAGAGUACGCACUUAAAGCUAAAGCUGCUAAACAACAGAAGGAAAGAGAUGCCAAGCUGGAUGCAGCGCUUAACAGCGACAAACCAAUGGCUGAACUCGUCCGUGAUAUUGAAGAGGAUGCUGUGGAGUGUAAAAUGUUCUCUAAGGGUAGGCACUAUGACGUAGCGUUACAAGACACUGAAGACAUUGUGGGGAGCUCUUUGGGCUCCGCCAGUGCGGAUAAGUGGCUGCAGGGAUGCCGUGAGAUAGACGGUCGAUCGUCAGUGUCAGAGGGGCGUUGGUCGGGUGCACAACUGUCAGCAGAGAAGCUGUGCGUGCAGCGCGCGCUGUUGCGGCUGGAGGCAGCGCGUGGUCGCCCGCCCGUUCACUCGGCGGACCGCGGCGCCGCCCGACAUCUCUAUGAGAGGUAUCGAGCUGUUAAAAGGGCCCUCGCCGCUGCGCGCAAUGAUCCUAUAAUCGGUACGAACGGCGAGUUAGCGACCAUUCACGAGCACGAGGCCAUCGUGUUCAGCAGCAGCCUAGACAGCUCCAGUGACUCGCAGGAGCGCGCCACCGACUCCUCGCAGGAUACUGCAGAGGCUAUAGACAAUCUGCAGCCGUUACGACGACGUGAGGUCCGCGAGGGAGGCGAGGUGGUGGAAGGGGGCGAGGCGAGCUCCGCUGGGGAGGAGAUACCGUCGUCAUCGUCAGCGCAGUCGGCCGCCAGCGAUGACCAGGCCAACGCCGGCCUGCACUGUCUCGGCCUUGAAGACCUGACGCGCGCCCUCGCCGAGGCCAAGCUGCACAAAUGUGUGCUGCGUCGCGGCAUAAAGGAGUAUGAGGUGAAGUUCGAGCAGCAAAACAGCAGGAAGUUGCAGAAGGACGACAAGAAGGGCAACGAGGAGGAAUACAUUCGUUACAAAGCGGUCAAGGCGAGGAUCAAGCUUCUCAACGCACUUAUAAACAAGCAGAAAUCCAAGCCUUAAAGGAAAUUAACUUUAUCCUUCGGCUGUGGGAGCACUUGUAUACAAAAAUAAUAUCAUCCCUUUCUCGCUCUUAGAAGAAAACAGAGACAACUAUACAAGUGACGCACCAGUCAAAUUUCACUUUAGGAUUUAUAUUUUAAUCCAAUUCCAUUGCAUAUUUUUAAUUACAAGUGUAGUAAUAUGUAGCAAUAGCAAUAUAACUUCAAUCAUAUUCUUUGUAUUAUACAAUUAGAGUGCAAAUAAUAGUUAAAUAGAUUUUAGUAGACAAUAAGAGAAUUCGUGGAUCUAUGCAAUAUGCGGUACAACGGUCAUAACUUGUAGAAAUUCGGUAUAUUUAUUUGACCAUAUAUUAAUGAAAUAAACGAAUUAACAAACAUAAACCCUGUAAGACAAAAGAAGAAUACAAUGGAUAAGAAAUGUUUUAACCAGAAACAACAUGUGUACUAAAUUUCAGUACGAGUAAAUUUGAUUACUCAAAAUACGAACGAAAACUACUAUUCACUCUAAAUGGUAUUUUGCAAGAGAGAGAAAACAGAUUUGAAAAGAUUUUAGUGAAAUUACUAGCUAAUUAGCACAUUAUACUAGUGCGGCUAGUUGAUAUUCACAAAUUAAAGUUUGUUCAGGAUUUUUCGAAAACCCUGAACAUUCAAGUACACUAUUACGGCGUAACCGUAUAAUUACUUUGUGUAAAUCUAUAAAACAUCAUAAUAUUCAAAAUUGAGGUUAAUUCCAAUUCAGUACUCGAUAGUAGAAAGACGACUAAAUAUCACUUUUUCGUCAAAUAAGUGGAAGAAAAACAAAGCGAGAUGUAAACUCGUUACAUCGACUAUGUUAUCUUUUAAAAGUCGAAAGUAACUUCGUAUCGUGCGGCAACUACAUGUAUGGGGCAUUUAGUAAAAAACAUUUUAAUAAGUAUGUUCUUACUAAAUGUUAGUGCUGAGAUUCUAGAGGAUUUUUAUUUAUUAGUUAUAACUAUAUUGUUUAAGAUUUUUUAAAUAUACCAACUAACAAAGGUAAGUAUACAUUUUCUACUACUCGUAUACAUUGAGAUGUAUACUAUUUGUGGAUCUUAGUCUUCACACCAAAAGCUCGAACUUAAAAUUGUUCCAUUUAUAUUUUAUUGUUCUUUUCGAUAUUCUUUUUUAUUUUGA